UUAUCCCUCUAUAUAUUUAUUCAUUCUUCAACUCCCUCUCACUCUUACAAUUCAAUAACCCUCUAUUUCUUUUCCAUCUUCUCAACAAUUUUUCACCAUUUUCUACCAAAAAAGAUGAGCAAGGUCACAGCCCUGUUCUUCACCCUACUACUCUGCACCAUUCUCGCCCAUGCCAUGCGCCCUCAACCAGCUUUUCAACAGGAAUCAUCCUUGGCAAGAGCGCAUCAACAGGGUGUCGAGGCUGUUGAUGAGAGUUGUGAAGGCGUUGGAGAAGAUGAAUGCUUGGUGAGGAGAACACUUGCCGCUCACGUGGACUAUAUUUAUACGCAAAAGCAUAAUCCUUGAAAAAUACUAUUAAAUUAUUAUUCUCUUAGUGCUAUUACUAUGGAUAGAUAUUAGCGUCUGUCCAUGUGUUGUUUUCAUACUCAUCAGGAGUUGGUAGCUGGAUCAUUUGUUUGUACUUCAUAUUUCUAUUUUUUGUUUUUCUCUUUAGCUUAUAUGUAUAUUGUAUGAAAGUACAAUUUCAUGGAGAUAUUUGCCUAGUUGAUAGAGUACAAGAAAGAGUCUCUUUUCA